UGCUACAGUUGUAUUAUGAGAAUAGUUGGUGCUCAUCUUCAAUAUACAACUAGUACUGCUACUAUUUAUUGUGUAUAUCACAUCGAUCUUUUGCUGAGGUGAGUGGAUUUCCGGCCAUGGAGUUCAGUAGCGGCGGCGGCUCCAGCGGCGGGGGCUCCCACGACGCCUCCGAGAGGAGGAAGAAGCGCUACCAUCGUCACACAGCCCACCAAAUUCAGAGUCUCGAAUCAAUGUUCAAAGAGUGUGCUCAUCCAGAUGAGAAGACAAGAAAUCAGCUAAGCAGAGAAUUAGGCCUUCAUCCACGGCAGAUCAAAUUUUGGUUCCAAAAUCGAAGAACCCAAAUGAAGGCACAGCAUGAAAGAUCAGACAACUGCACACUAAGGGCAGACAACGACAGAAUCCGCUGCGAAAACAUUGCUAUGAGAGAGGCCCUGAGAAACAUCAUCUGCCCCUCCUGCGGCGGCCCUCCGGUCAAUGAGGAUUCCUACUUCGACGAGCAAAAACUCCGCAUGGAAAACGCCCAGUUAAAAGAAGAGCUGGAUAGAGUUUCUAGCAUUGCGGCUAAGUACAUAGGCCGCCCUAUUUCCCAGCUGCCUCCUUUGCAGCCAGUUCAUGUCUCCUCAUUGGAUUUGUCAAUGGCUAGUUUUGGUGGGCAUGGCAUGCCUUGCCCUUCUCUCGAUCUUGAUCUCCUCCCUGGGAGCUUGUUGAGCAUCUCCGAUGUGGACAAGUCCCACAUGGCUCAGGUGGCUUCCGCAGCCAUGAAUGAGCUCAUCAGUCUGUUGCAGGGCAAUGAGAUGCUGUGGAUCAAGUCUGCAACCGAUGGCAGAGAGCACCUCAAUCUCGAGAGCUAUGAGAGGGCGUUUCCAAGGCCUAAUAGUCACUUAAAGAACCCUAGUGUUAGGACAGAAGCUUCGAGAAGCUCAGGAGUUGUGAGCAUGGAUGACUUGGCUUUGGUUGAUAUGUUUGUUAAUUCUAGUAAAUGGAUGGAGUUGUUUCCUGCAAUUGUGUCAAGGGUGAGGACUAUUGAAGUGAUAUCAUCUGGAAUGCUAGGGAGCCACAGUGAUUCAUUACAACUGAUGUAUGGAGAGAUGCAGGUGCUCUCACCAUUAGUCCCAACAAGGAAACUCUACUUCCUUCGGUUUGUUCAGCAGAUUGAAGCUGGAUCAUGGGCUGUUGCUGAUGUCUCUUAUGACAUCCCCAAUCAAGAAAGCCAAUUCUCGUGUAGGGCGCACAAGCUCCCUUCCGGAUGCUUGAUACAGAAAAUGCCUGAUGGCUACUCCAAGGUGACGUGGAUCGAGCACUGGGAAGUGGAGGAUAAAUCGCCAGUCCACGGGCUAUACAGAGACCUUAUCUAUAGUGGAUUAGCCUUUGGGGCUGAGAGGUGGCUUUCAAAUCUUCAGAGGAUGUGCGAGAGAAUUGCUUGCUUGAAUACAAACCCUGAGCUUGGAGGCAUUCCAUCAGCAUUAGGAACAAGAAGUAUGAUGAAGCUUGCGCAGAGAAUGGUGAACAACUUGUGUGCUAGCAUCAAUCCCUCCAGUGGCCAGCAUUUAACAACCCUAAUCGGGUCCAACGACCUUGAGGUCCGCGCCACGCUGCACAACAGCAUGGACAGCCGCAUGGUGCUAAGCGCCGCAGCCACUGUAUGGCUUCCCGUCUCCCAUCACAACGUCUUCAACUUCUUCAGGGACGAGCGGACCCGUUCUCAGUGGGAUGUGCUCUCAAAUCAAAAUCCAGUUCAAGAAGUUGCUCACAUUGCCAAUGGCUCACACCCAGGGAGCUGCAUCUCUCUGCUCAGGGCCUUAAACACAAGCCAAAACAAUAUGAUGAUACUCCAAGAGAGCUGUCUAGACUCAUCUGGCUCAUUAGUGGUGUACUGCCCGGUGGAUCUUCCAUCGAUUAACAUCGCGAUGAGUGGUGAGGACACCUCAUUCAUUCCCCUGCUGCCCUCGGGGUUCACGAUCUCCCCCGAUGGCAGCAGCCCAAUGGGAGGGGCCUCCACAAGCUCCAAAUCAUCCGGGUCCCUUGUGACAGUGGUCUUCCAAAUCCUAGUGGGCAACACACCUACAGCGAGGAUCAGCCCGGAGACAGUCAACACGGUCAACAACCUCAUAAGCAACACCGUCCAUCAUAUCAAAGCGGCUAUGAAUUGCUCCUCAUCGUAAAUCGUAAGCCUACCUAUCUAAGGAAUGGAACCAUUUUGAAUGCUCCUUAUUCUUUUUGAUACAUACACUUUUUUCUCAACUUAAUUUUUGUUGUUACUUGAAAAACCAUAGUAGUAGGAGUCAAGAACGCACCUUUACAGUGCAUUUCUGUAUGGUUCGGGUAUUGACUUCUAUUCAUCAUUUUCUUGGAUUAAAGAAAAGGAUUUGUGUAGUAAUUAACUGAUUUAAUUUAGUGGCGAUUGUUGAA